AUGUACCGACGUACCUCCAAUAUGGUGGGACUCAGUUACCCCGCAACUGUCAUAUCUGUGCUAAAGAAUGUUGACAAGUGGUCAUUUGAUGUGUUUGCCCUGAACGAAGCCAGCGGAGAUCACGCACUUAAAUUCAUAUUCUACGAGUUGCUCACAAGAUACGAUCUCAUUAGUCGUUUCAAGAUCCCGAUUUCUGCAGUGGUGUCUUUUGUGGAAGCCCUUGAAGUUGGAUACAGCAAACAUAAGAACCCAUACCACAAUCUAAUCCAUGCUGCCGACGUCACACAGACUGUCCACUACCUGCUCCUCAAGACUGGCAUGGUGCAUUGGUUGACUGAACUUGAGAUCUUUGCCAUGAUCUUUGCGGCUGCGGUGCACGACUACGAGCACACAGGGACCACAAACAACUUUCACAUCCAGACAAGGUCAGACACAGCUAUCCUGUAUAAUGAUCGUUCGGUUUUGGAGAGUCAUCACGUCAGCGCAGCCUAUCGCCUGCUGCAGGAGGACGAUGAAAUGAACAUCCUCUACAACCUCUCUAAGGAUGACUGGAGAGAGCUGAGAGCUCUGGUGAUUGAGAUGGUGCUGGCCACAGAUAUGUCCUGCCACUUCCAGCAAGUUAAAGCCAUGAAGAACUACCUACAGCAGCCUGAAGGCAUCGACAAGCCCAAAGCUCUGUCCCUGCUUCUGCACACAGCAGACAUCAGCCAUCCGGCCAAAAGUUGGGACCUCCACCACCGCUGGACCACCUCCUUGCUUGAGGAGUUCUUCAGACAGGGGGACAAAGAAGCUGAUCUCGGACUGCCGUUCUCUCCACUCUGCGACAGAAAGUCCACAUUGGUUGCACAGUCCCAAAUAGGUUUUAUAGACUUCAUCGUGGUGCCGACCUUCACCGUGCUCACAGACAUGAUGGAGCGUAUCGUCACACCACUCAUUGAUGAGGCCACCCACUCCGGUCUCUCUAGCUUUAGACGUUCAAGUUUGAACAGUAUUAGCUCGGAUGAAACCAAGAGGCACAGUGUCAAGAGCAUGGGCUCCGACAGCAGCUCCUCCGGCCAAAGCUCUCUCCUGUCAGUGGACAUGAAGACCUUCAAGACCCUGUGGAACGAGGAGGUCUACCAGAACAGAGAGCGAUGGAAAACCCAGGCUGCUAAAGAGGCAGAGGAGAGAGCUAAAAAGGAAGCAGAGGAACAAGCUCAGCAGGGGGAGGCUUUGGAGCCUCAGGGGGUUCAAACAGAAUCUGAAAACCCCGAACAGAAGGAGAACGAACUGGACAGGGAGGUGCCCGAGUCAGCAGAGGUCAGCACACCACCAGAUGGUGACACUGGGGAACCAGAGGAGGCAGCAUCGCCUGGGGGCAGCACGCAGAACAAGUCCCCACUGCAGAACGGAGAGUUGUCAGAAGGGGUUGAUUCUCCAGACACUGAAAAAAACAAGAACAAAGGAAUGAGAGGUGAGUUGACGCUACUCACAGAAAAUCCAACUGGAGUGUCUCUCUCGUAGCUUAAAUAUUAAAUAAAAUAGAGAAAUGGCAUUUCCUGCGAAAAUGCAGUGUGAAUGUUU